AUGACCGAAAUCAAAACAACCUCCGGGGCUGAUCCCAAUGGUGAGAAAGAGGAGAACGGUGCUACUCUCACCCAAGUCCCUUCGAUUACCAAGGCCGAGACCGGGGUCAUCGCCGACAUCAACCAUGUGGCCCGCCUUGGCAUGGAAAACACCAAGGAGCUAGAGAAGAGGAUCGUCCGCAAGCUCGACAUGUGGAUGCUUCCCCAGCUCUGGAUUCUCUACAUGUUCAACUACCUCAACCGCAACAACAUUGCCCAGGCCCGUCUCAACAGCUUCAAUGAGGAUCUCAACCUCAAGGAUGGAGACUAUCAGACUGCCGUUGCCAUCUUGACUGUCGGCUACAUGGUUGCUCAGCUGCCUUCCAACAUGUUGAUUACCCGAGUUCGACCUUCUAUCUACCUCCCUGCCGCCGCCUUCAUCUGGUCUGCCAUCUCAGCCUUGACUGUCGUCUGCACAAGCGCUGGCGGCCUCUGGGCUGUUCAGUUUGUUCUUGGCAUUGUCGAGGCACCUCUCUUCCCUGGUGCCGUCUUCCUCAUGUCGUGCUGGUACACCCGAAGAGAAUUCGCCCUUCGUGUCGCCCUUCUCUACUCGGGUCUGGUCCUCGCCCAAGCCUUUUCGGGACUAAUUGCAGCUGGAGUCUUUGCUGGCCUCGAUGGCCCUAUGGGUCUCGCUGGAUGGAAGUGGCUGUUCAUCCUCGAGGGCGCUGCUAGUGGCUUCUUCGCCAUCACUGCCUACUUUGUCCUGCCUAACUAUCCCGACUCGACCUCUGGUGGUGCCAUGUGGUACAUGACGGCCGAUAUGCGCAAGGUCGCCGCCGCCCGAAUCCUCGAUGACAGAGUCGAGUUCUCUGACAAGUCUACUGUCUGGCACGGACUUAAGCUUGCUGUCACGGAUCUCAAGCUGUACAUGUUCCUCUUCCUGAACAUUUUCAUCACGUCUUCAUAUGGCUUCAACAACUUCUUCCCCACGAUCGUCAACGGACUUGGUUUCGGAAGCCGAGUUCAGGCUUUGCUCAUGACUGCUCCCCCCUACGUAUGGGGAACCCUUUGCACCUUUUUCGUCGCCUGGAACUCGGAUCGCCGUCGUGAACGUGGUUUCCACAUCAUCAUCCCCCUGUCUUGCUCAGUUGCUGGCUUCGUUGUCACUGUUGCGACUGGCAAUGCCUCAGUCCGAUAUGCCAUGACCUUCCUCUACGCAGCCGGUUGCUUCUCUGCAAACACCCUGCAGUACACCUGGGCCGUGUCGACUCUUGGUCAGACUCCCGAGAAGCGAGCUGCUGGUGGUGCCAUUGUCAACAUCUUUGGCCACCUCGGCAACGUCAUCUCCCCUUACUUCUUCCCUGAUAAGGAUGCGCCCCGUUACACCAUGGCUAUGAUCCUUCAAAUUGUCUUUGCUGGUCUUGGUAUCGCUGUGGCCAGUGUGGUUAAGUGGCACUUGACCAGGAAGAACAAGAAGCUUCGCGAGGAGGCUGAGCGUUUGGGCAUUGACUACAACCCUUUCACGACUUAA